AUGUUCGUUAAUACUAUUGUCGAGGGAAAAAUCCCAGUAAAAGCAUUAAUAGAUACAACAUCUAAAUCUAAUACUAUUAGCAGGCACUUGUUCGAUAAUCUUGAAGAAGAUUAUGAAAUACGUCGUAUCCUCGAUCCUGUUGAGAAGUUCUAUGGAGAU